GCCAAAGCUGCGCGCACAGCGGGAGACAGCGCUGGAUCUGGAGCCCCAGCCGGAGCCAAACCCCGCGCCACCGGAGUCCGCGGCGGGCGAGCCCGGAGCCGACGAGCCCCCGACGCAGCAUUGCCCGGGUGGGGUGGCAGCCAGGGCGACCGGGCGCACCGAGCCCCGGCCCCUGGAGCACCCGCCGCGGUCCCCACCUUCAUGGACGCCUUCAAGGGGGGCAUGAGCUUGGAGCGGCUGCCGGAGGGACUCCGGCCGCCGCCGCCACCGCCACCGCAUGACUUGGGGCCGGCCUUCCACCUGGCCCGCACCGCCGAUCCCCGCGAGCCGCUCGAGAACUCGGCCAGCGAAUCGUCUGACACCGAGCUGCCAGAGAAGGAGCGCGGCGGUGAACCUAAGGGGCCUGAGGACAGCGGUGCCAGCGGCGCUGGCUGUGGUGGCGCGGAGGACCCUGCCAAGAAGAAGAAGCAGCGGCGGCAACGCACGCACUUCACCAGCCAGCAGUUGCAGGAGCUGGAGGCCACGUUUCAGAGGAACCGCUACCCCGACAUGAGUAUGCGGGAGGAGAUUGCCGUGUGGACCAACCUCACCGAGCCGCGCGUGCGGGUCUGGUUCAAGAACCGGAGGGCCAAGUGGCGGAAGCGCGAGCGCAACCAGCAGCUGGACCUGUGCAAGGGCGGCUAUGUGCCGCAGUUCAGUGGCCUGGUGCAGCCCUACGAGGACGUGUACGCGGCCGGCUACUCCUACAACAACUGGGCGGCCAAGAGCCUGGCGCCCGCGCCGCUCUCCACCAAGAGCUUCACGUUCUUCAACUCCAUGAGCCCGCUAUCGUCGCAGUCCAUGUUCUCGGCUCCCAGCUCCAUCUCCUCCAUGACCAUGCCGUCCAGCAUGGGCCCCGGCGCCGUGCCCGGCAUGCCCAACUCGGGUCUCAACAACAUCAACAACCUCACCGGCUCCUCGCUCAACUCGGCCAUGUCCCCCGGCGCCUGUCCGUACGGCACCCCCGCCUCGCCCUACAGCGUCUACCGGGACACGUGCAACUCGAGUCUGGCCAGCCUGCGGCUCAAGUCCAAACAGCACUCGUCGUUUGGCUACGGCGGCCUGCAGGGCCCGGCCUCAGGCCUCAACGCGUGCCAGUACAACAGCUGACCGCCCGGCCGGCCACGCGGGGCGGGGCAGAACGCACGCGGGGGCCACGGCCACCGCCUGUGGACCUCGAGCCCGCGCAGCCCCUUCCCCCUUCCCACCUCUGGGUUCGUUUUGUGUUUGCUUUUCCGGACCCCACUCUACCCUCCACAAAG